CUUACAGAUCAGGACUGCACUCUGUAUAGUCGUAUAGCUUUCUGAGAAGUCUUUUGCUUGUUUUCGGUCGUUUUGACUCUGUUUAAAUAAGAGAGAAUACUCUCGCUUUAGGAUCCUUCAGACCGAGCGGAACUGAGUAGUGUGUAACACAGAGGGAGAGAGAGAGACAGAGAGAGAGAGGUUCGUCUACCUGUCCCAUUUUGCCGGCUGCGUCUCACUUCUUCCCUGAUCUUCACAAAGUUCUGCCCUUCAUUACAUCCAUUCUUUGGCUCUAUCUGCGACAUCAGGGCAGACAGAUUUUACAGCAGGACUGAGCGCAUAAAGUUUCCAGAAUGAGACAUUUGCUUGUGUGUGUUGGUGCACUGCUGGCUUUAGCGAAUAUCAUGGAAGCAAGGCCAAAAGCAGCUGGACUUGGAAAGUGUAAGUCUGGCCCUGUUGACCUUGUGUUCGUCAUUGAUGGCUCUCGCAGCGUUCGGCCACAUGAGUUUGAGACGAUGCGCAAGUUUAUGAUUGACAUUAUCAAUGAGAUGGACAUCGGCCCCAAUGCCACCCGUGUGGGUGUUGUGCAGUACUCCAGUCAAGUGCAGAAUGUCUUUUCCCUGAAAGAAUUCAUUACUCUUGCGGAUAUGGUCAAGGCCAUCAAAAAGAUCAUUCCACUGGCACAGGGUACCAUGACAGGCUUGGCUAUCCGUUAUGCCAUGAAUGUGGCAUUUUCUACUGAGGAGGGAGCUCGUCUCAAUGUGCCUCAUGUAGCAGUGAUUGUCACUGAUGGCCGGCCUCAGGACCGUGUUGCUGAGGUAGCUGCGGCUGCUCGAGAGUCUGGGAUCGAGAUCUAUGCUGUGGGGGUUGCCAGAGCUGACAUGACAUCCCUGAGAGCGAUGGCAUCACCACCUUUUGAGGACCAUGUUUUCCUAGUGGAGACAUUCGAUCUCAUUCACCAGUUUGGACUCCAAUUCCAAGACAAGCUUUGCAAAAGUGAUCUUUGUCUGGAGUCUGACCAUGGCUGUGAUCAUAUCUGUGAGAGCUCUCCUGGCUCCUACCAGUGUUUCUGCCUGCCUGGUUACGCACUCCAAGAUGAUGGCAAAACCUGUACACCUAUUGAUUUGUGUGUGGAGAAGAAGCAUGACUGUGAGCAAAUCUGCAUCAGUUCCCCCGGGUCUUUCAGCUGUGACUGCAAUACUGGCUACGUACUCAAUGAAGAUAAGAGGACAUGCACAAUGAUAGACUACUGUUCCUUUGGAAAUCAUAGCUGUGAGCAUGAGUGUGAUGCCAUCCUUAAUGGCUUUAACUGUCAUUGCAAGGAAGGAUACACUCUGAAUGAUGACAAAAGAACCUGCACAAUAAUUGAUUACUGUUCAUUUGGAAAUGACAGCUGUGAGCACAAUUGUGUUAGCAUCCUCAAUGGCUUUUCCUGCAUUUGUAAUGAUGGCUACAAACUCAAUGAUGACAAGAAGACCUGUACAAUGAUUGAUUACUGUUCAUUUGGAAAUGACAGCUGUGAGCACAAUUGUGUUAGCAUCCUCAAUGGCUUUUCCUGCCUCUGUAAUGAUGGCUACAAACUUAACGAUGACAAGAAGACCUGCACAAUGAUCGACAAUUGCUUAUUUGGAACUGACGGCUGUGAGCACAAGUGUGUUAGCAUCCUUGAUGGCUUUUACUGCCUCUGUAAUGAUGGCUACAAACUCAAUGAUGACAUGAAGACCUGUACAAUGAUUGACUACUGUUCAUUUGGAAAUGAUAGCUGUGAGCACAAGUGUGUUAGCAUCUUCAAUGGCUUUUCCUGCCUCUGUAAUGAUGGCUACAAACUCAACGAUGACAAGAAGACCUGCACAAUGAUCGACUACUGUUCAUUUGGAAAUGAUAGCUGUGAGCACAAGUGUGUUAGUGUCAUCGAUGGUUUUUACUGCAGUUGUAAUGAUGGCUACAAACUCAACGAUGACAAGAAGACCUGUACAAUAAUUGACUACUGUUUAUUUGGGAAUCACGGCUGUGAACAUGAAUGUGUGAGUAUAUAUAAUGGAUACUAUUGCCACUGUAAUGAGGGAUACACACUUCAAGCAGAUGGAAGGACCUGUCAGGCGGACAACCUGUGUAAUGUAGUAGAACAUGGCUGUCAGCACCAGUGUGUGAGUACAACAGGAUCAUACCACUGUAUCUGCCCUGAGGGUCAUCUUCUACAAGAUGAUGGAAAAAGCUGUGGAAGCUGCAGAUCAGCGAAUAUUGACCUGGUUCUCCUGAUUGAUGGCUCUAAAAGUGUACGGCCACAAAACUUUGAGCUUGUCAAGCAGUUUGUCAACCAGGUUAUCGACCAACUAGACAUCUCUGCUCACGGGACACGUGUAGGUCUUGUCCAAUACUCCAGCCGAGUGAGGACAGAGUUCCCUCUCAGUAUGUAUAAGACCAAGGAAGAGGUCAAGGCUGCUGUAAUGAAAGUACCCUACAUGGAGAAAGGAACAAUGACAGGGCUAGCACUAAAGCACAUGGUGCAGAAUAGCUUCUCUGAGGCUGAGGGUGCCCGCACUGCCACAAGAAACAUACCCCGUAUUGGGCUGGUGUUUACUGAUGGGCGUUCUCAAGAUGACAUAACAGAGUGGGCCAAGAAGGCAAAGGAAGCAGGAAUAACAAUGUAUGCUGUUGGAGUUGGCAAAGCUGUAGAGGAUGAACUGAGAGAGAUUGCCUCUGAGCCAGUAGAAAAUCAUUUUUUCUACACCUCUGACUUCACUGCUAUUCACCAGCUUGCAGAGGACCUUAAACUCAAUGUCUGUCCAGAGGAGAGCCAAGGUGAAAUAGAGGUGAAAGAUCCUUGUGCCUGUGAUAGUCUUGUGGAGUUCCAACAGGCUACCAUGGUCACUCUGAAACAACUCGACCAGAAACUAUCAGCAAUGACUACACGAAUGGAGUAUCUGGAGAAGCAGCUGCUCAAAAGGAAAUGAUUUUAUUACAUCAUCUGCAAGAUUAUAGCUUUCCAGGAUAAGCUUCUUUUGGAAGGCACUUAAGUGAUGGCCUAGACUGGUUUACAUAAGUUUUAUAACCAAAGUUUUGUGGAUCUAAAACUUGUACUGCAUUUACAUGAAGAAUCACUGGGCAUGCCCAUAGAUGCACUGGAGUUCAUGUAAGAUGCAGUUUUCAUCGCACCCUGUUUUUAGCUGUCCUUUUUUAUACAGUUAUUAAAAAUAUUUAUGAUCUAUUUUGUAUUAUCACUGCAUUAUGGCAUACAGUUUAUACAUUUAACACAUUGUUGUUUUGUGUUGUCUUGUGUAUCUAGUAAAAACAGGUAGCCUUAAACACCUAGAUGUAAAGACAGAUGUUAGGUUAAAGGAAAAACCAAGAGAGUGUAUUAUAAUAUAAUGUUACCACAAGACACCAGCACUCAAGGGAUAACACCCCAUUCAUUGUAAAGACGCUGUACUCUCUCAAUUAGCUUUUUAAUAGUGGUGAAGAGAGUUGGCUAGACAGUCCAAAAUUGGCCAUAGAAAUCCAAAAGGCCACAGCAUGUAUCGUGUAGAUUUCGCGAUAUUUUUUUUUACUAAUGUUGCCUUCUUCCCUAUGGUAUUUAAUUUUUGGUGGCCAGUAUAUAAGGGGAAAAUGGUUAGGAAAACAAUCAAUACUGAACUGGCCUUUUCUGUAGUAUGGCCCAAAAGAGGAUUUUCAGGAUUUUCUUUUAUUACUUGAAAUUAUGUGUGUAAAUCAUCCUAUUAAAGUUUUAUAGAACCUGAAAUAGAUUUUUAAGCUUAAUCCCUGUACUUUUAUAUGCUUUCUA